GAUGUCUCCUUUUGAUUUCCUUGACGAAUAUGAUGUCAAUUGAGUUUAGUAGCUCCACGUUGAACACUCGAAGUCAACUUCUCGUCUCGUACAUACUCAUACAACUGUUCAGGAAACUUCUUAUUCUUUGUCGUGUAAAAACAUAAAGACAGAAAACAAAAUGGUCAGUAGUUCAUCUUCGUCUUCCCCUCCUCCUCCUCUUGGAAGUAGAGCUUCAAAUCCCGUUCUCCCGGGAGAAAAAUCCGGAAACGCUACCCCCAUGGAACAGGCGAAAUGGUGCUUUUCGGAAGAGCAGCUGAUGUUAGCUGGCGACAUUCUUUCCAAAGAGGACCAACGUCUCCUAGAGGAGAUGUGUGAUAAAGAUUCCACCAUCGCGGAGAUCUGGGAACGAUAUGGACGUCUGCUGAAGAUUCGCAAAACACUGGAGCUGAUAAAUCAACAGCAUGAAAAAAGUGAAAAGAAGAAAAAGCACCAGAAGAAUAAGGAUACAAUUCAUGAUCAUGACGUCGCUGAUGUUGGUGAAUGGGAAGUACUCCGGGACUUCGACGGGAUCCGCACAGCAAUGCGAAUGGAUGCUCAGUAUGCAGCUUUUAUGGUGUGGUAUAGGUUGAUCUUGAUGCGGCUGUGGAUGGCAACAAGAUUUCGACUAAACGGAAAUCAUUUUGAAGAAAGUUUGAUGUUGCAAACAUUCUGCUAGUCGUGGUAGUCAAAAUGAAUACUUCUACUUGUUUCACCUAUAAAUUAGAAAGCAGGUCGCAGCGCCAAUAUUGGCGGGUGGCAAUCUCAAAUAGCACCAUUCUUCUUCCCCUUCCUCAUCUAAGAAAGGCAGUAGAGAAGGAACUCCGAAGAAAGAAGCCUCGGACAAAGAAAAUGGCCAAAAAUCUCCUCCGUCCUCUCCCUCUGACAAUACGAAUCGAGAAAACCGCAUUUAUUCUUUUGAAGUGGAAGGAAGUUGCGACAUCGAAUUUUUUCCUCUAUUGUCAAUCCUGAACGAAGCCGACUUGUAUCCUUUGUGGAUCCCAACCGUAAUGGGUCUUGGCUUAGUUCGCGCAGACAUUUUGGAGCGUGUGUCAAGGACUAACUUUGUGGUGCGUCUUCUUGUUAAGCUGCCCUUUCCUUUUGCUUGGCGACGUUGUACCUUCAGGAUACGAGGAUGGGACUCGAUGACGCCGAGAGAUAGUCCGAAACAAGUCUUGAUCCAACUAGAUUCUCUCUCGGAGGAAGCAGAGGCUUUGCUGGUGGCUAAGAAUAAAAGUGGUGGCUCUGGUGCUUCAACAUCUACAACCGGCGGGAGUGGAACUACUGAAUUUGGGAAGAAAAAGAAUGCCUUUUCAACAGCCACUGAGAGUGCGGGUGGGCGUGAGUCUGCGACGAAUGCUGUUGACCACACGCACAGCAUAGUAAGGCUAGCAAGUGGAGAAGCCUCCAGUGACGAAUUUCACAGUGCCAAUGAACAGACCGAUUCAGAAAGUGCACGCGCAACUUCCGAAGUAAUGAGUGUCACAGAUUUCUUAAAUCUAUCUCCAAAUAAAUUUGCCGCUGGUGCUACAGCACCUACAUCUACAACUAUUAGCCCAGAAGGAGGUACUGUGGAAGAGAAAACCAAGGACAAUAAACGUCCUAAGGAUCUUCAAAAGGAAGAUGAACAAGCGGGAAUAAAAGAACCGAGGAAAGCGAAACACGAACAAGACGUUGACGACCCUUAUGCAGGUUCCAAGUAUUGCAAAAUACACAACAGCGCUUUGCUGAUAACCCCUCUGGGCGAACACAGCACUUAUGUGAGCAUUUUCGUAAAUCUGGUGCCUCAAAUUGCGGUCAUUCCGCAGUUCUUGCUGAAUUUGGCAUUUAGAAAUUUGGCUUUCCUUAUCGUGGAGAAGAUUCGUGCGGCCAAAGAAGUAACUACAGCGCCACAGUACCGCGAUCGGCAACAGGAUCCGAGGAAUAGCUUCUACACUUUCAUCAAGCGGCGCAUGCGUGUCGAUGUCAGUCAACAAUGGUGUCCAGGUGAUGUGCCAAAUGAGGUCGAAAACCUACUUGAAGAUGUUGCACAUCAGAGAGAUCGUGAAGAUUUUGGUCGUGUCCGAAACUUGGUGUUGGAUGCGCAACAAGCGAAACAGAACGGAAGAAAGAGUUCUUCAACCAAGCAAGAUGCAUCAUCAUCUUCUGUAGAAGGUGUCCUUGUACGCGACUACAUCAAGAAUGAACGAAGAGUGACAUGCCUAAACGCUGUAGUGGGUCUCAAAGUGCGUCCUGGUUUAGAUUGGGACAGUAGGUUGGGGAAGAAAGGCCAGGAGGAACAAGAGAUCGCAUCAGAAGCUGAAUUUGGUUAAGGAUGACUGUCCUACUAAAUAAUGAAAGUAGAGGAAGAGAUGAAUGUAUUGAGUAGGAGGUGGAUAACUGUGUCGAAGAGGAUCGAUGUUCUCCACUACAAAGCAUUAUCUUCAGCAUUGUGACACGCUCUUACAAAAGAGUAAGAGUCUUCAUGCGCUUUAUUCUCCUCUAAACCCGAAUCAUCGAGUCCCUGGAUUUGGCCACCGGCACUGUACGCGUAAAAUGGUCCGUGGCAGCAGGAUGGAUCUCGUCAGCAAAGGCCUUUGUGGGCAAGAAGUACCGCAUUGGGCCGGAAUUCCACGACUUGGCACUUUUCUUCGAGGGAGAUGGAAAACUUUGAUGAAUGUGGCAGUGGCUGAUUCUCUGGUAGAAAAGCUUUGUUGAAGAAGAUGCCUACUUGAGGCUGAAGCCCAAGCAGCUAGGGGAAAGAUCAAGAUGUACCUAAAUGGACACUAGUGGUAGUGGACAAUACAUAGCGAUAACGCAAUAGACGCGUUUCCUCAGUGUAAUAAAAAGUUUCUGGUUCCCACAAGAACUUCUUCAUCUGUUUCUAAAAGACUGAUUAUGAUUGGGUACAUUAUAUCACUCAACGAAAGAAAAUAAAUGCGGAUAUUAUGAUUGGGUACAUUAUAUAUAUGACUCAACAACGUCGCAAAUUUUCCGCGCACAG